CUUGUGCGGGGCACAUGCUUGCUCAGUGCAUUGUUUUUGAUUACAAGGAACGAAGCAACAAUUUUCCUUGCUGGGAUUGUUUUUCAUGUUUGUUGAAGCACAAGUAUCUCCUAAAACAUGAGCGACAUCUAUGAGUCUGCAGCCAAUUCUUUGGGCCUAUUCAACAGCCCCUGUCUGACUAAAGUGGAGCUGCGUGUAGCCUGCAAAGGUAUCUUGGACAGGGAUGCUCUCUCCAAGCCUGAUCCCUGCGUGGUCAUUAAAAUGCAGUCCCAUGGCCAGUGGCUGGAGGUGGAUAGGACAGAGGUGAUCCGAAGCUGUAUAAACCCCACAUUUUCCAAGGUCUUUACCCUAGACUUCUAUUUCGAGGAGGUCCAGAGACUACGUUAUGAGCUCUAUGACAUCAGCAGCAGUCACAAUGGCAUGAGAGAAGCGGACUGCCUGGGAGCCAUGGAGUGCACACUUGGCCAAAUUCUCUCCCAGAGAAAAUUCUCCAAAACCCUCCUCAAACAUGGCAACACAGUCGGGAAGUCGUCAAUUACGAUCACUGCCGAAGAGCUGACAGGAAAUAACGAUUAUGUCGAACUCUCAUUCAGUGCCAGAAAGCUGGAUGAUAAGGAUUUUUUCAGCAAAUCAGAUCCAUUCUUAGAGAUCUACAGGGUAAAUGAUGACAACACCCAGCAGCUAGUGCACAGAACAGAGACCAUAAUGAAUAACCUCAACCCCGUUUGGAAGACCUUCAAAACGUCCCUGAACUCGCUUUGUAGUGGAGACCAUGAAAGAAUACUGAAGUGUACGGUCUGGGACUGGGAUUCGAACGGAAAGCAUGAUUUCAUUGGUGAAUUUCAAGCUACGUUCAAAGAGAUGCGGUCAGCAAUGGACGGAAGACAGGUCCAAUGGGAAUGUAUAAACCCCAAAUAUAAAUCCAAGAAGAAGAAUUACAAGAACUCUGGGAUCGUCAUUCUGAAUCAAUGCAAGAUCAUUAAGAUGCAUUCCUUUCUGGACUACAUUAUGGGUGGUUGCCAAAUACAGUUUACAGUAGCUAUUGAUUUCACGGCUUCUAAUGGGGAUCCGAGGAACAGUUGUUCAUUACACUACAUCCACCCCUACCAGCCAAACGAGUAUCUGAAAGCUUUAGUAGCAGUGGGGGAGAUUUGCCAAGACUAUGACAGUGACAAAAUGUUCCCUGCAUUUGGCUUUGGUGCUCGGAUACCUCCAGACUUAAAGGUUUCACAUGACUUUGCUGUAAACUUCAACGAAGACAACCCUGAAUGUGCAGGUAUCCAGGGUGUGGUAGAGGCCUAUCAGAAUUGCCUUCCCAAGAUUCAGUUGUACGGUCCCACAAACAUUGCCCCUAUCAUCCAGAAAGUGGCCAACUUUGCCUCAGAGGAAAUGCACACCAAAGAGGCCAUGCAAUACUUCAUCCUGCUCAUCUUGACGGACGGUGUCAUCACAGAUAUGGCGGACACUAGAGAGGCCAUCGUCCGUGCCUCUCACCUGCCUAUGUCUGUCAUAAUCGUUGGUGUGGGAAAUGCAGAUUUCACUGACAUGGAGAUGCUAGAUGGUGAUGACGGAAUCCUACGUUCGCCUAAAGGGGAACCAGUGCUGCGUGACAUCGUACAGUUUGUUCCAUUCCGUAACUUCAAACAUGCUUCUCCUGCUGCUUUGGCGAAAAGUGUCUUAGCCGAGGUCCCAAACCAGGUGGUGGACUAUUACAACAGCAAGGGGAUCAAGCCAAAGUGCCCCAGCGAGUACGAGUCUUCCAGGACAUUUGGUCACUGAACUGUUGAACCCAACGCGAGCCUUUGCUCACAAAGAAAACUAGCAUGUUUCUGUGAAUUUUACAACUAAUCUGUUCUACUUUGUUUUGUUUGCAUGCGUAGCCUGUGAGGCUUGCAUAGGUGUUGCAAUGCUAUCGGUCCUAUUAUGUACAUGCGUACAUGUACAGACUUACGAUUAUGUAUGAAGAGAGCAAAAACUAUUAAACAGUCAAAGUCAGUACAUUUACGUGCACAUUUAAUUAUCAAGAUACUGCAGGUUUUUGCAUAGUUGAGCUAUAGUCUUCAUCCGUCUGUCCAAGUACAUAUGACAGUGCGUGGGAAGUGUUAAAUACAAGUCACCUCUCUCUUUCGGAGCAUACGCACAACACCGAGGCCAGUUGUGGUCUGAUUAACAUCUAUACAUGCUGGAAGGAUGUAUAUCCGACUUCUCAAAAACUGACCUGGUAUGUUUCAGCCCGACUAAAGCAUUUCCAUGGCAUUUUAAAAAGACAAAUACAGUUUUAGUCCAACUGAAACCAAACUUUUAAAGUGCAUGUAAACGUGCUGAGUGAUUUGCGCAUGAUGACUGGGAUUAGUUGAAUAAAUACAUGGAAUAUAAUUUUUUUGUUUUAUAUAAAGGUUUACUGAGAUUUUACUAAAUUUCGUAUCGUUCUUAUAUUGUAAAUUAUAUGACAAUCCAUUUUGGAUUAUAGAGAAUGAAUAGCUACUUGAUUUAGAUACAGUAUAUCAGUGGACAUGAAAACCUUUCUCUCUCUAUACAGAUCUGUUUUUUUGCAGAUGCAGGGUCAGAUGCAUGAUUGUAUUUUGCAUGUUAAUAAUAAACCAGCCUUGAUUUUCUAU